AUGGUGCGCCCAGGAGCUCCAUUGGCCAUAGCCAAACAAGAACGCAAGUUUGAAUUCUUUCAGGCCAUCCUUGAGUGCCAGGUCGGGCAGCCAAGGAUUGAUUUCGAAAAGCUAGCUCAUAGACUGGGCUACAAGAAUGAACGCUGCGCCGCUGAUAGUUACUACCGCUUCUGUCGAGAGCAUUUGAAAAGGAUACACCCAGCCGCACCAGCAGUAAGAAGUGGAUCAGGUGUAGACGGAGUGCCGCCCAGGCCCAGAAGACCAUCAAACUGGAAACAAACGUAUGAUGUGAAUGGAGUACCUACUGAUGGCUUUCAAGACGAUGAGGAGGUGGACGUAGAGGAGGAGGAGGAGGAGGAGGAGGAGGAGGAAGCUGAAGGGGCAGGGGGAGGGAGGGUAAAACCAGAGGUUAAACAGGAGUUUCCGGUAUGGAAUCUGGAGUCGUUUCUUAGGUCUACGGAGGAGAUUGCUCGUGAAACAUCAGUGGUGGUGGUAAAGGAUGAGGAUGAGGAUCCGAAGGAGGUUGAUGGGGUGGUAGUGAAGAAGGAGACUGUGCCGGAAGUUUGGAAGUGGUGA